GAGGAAUGAUUCAUUUGUUUGACCAUCAUGCUUUAUGAAUUGAUUGGAGUGGUGAGACCAUCAAGGCUCAAUGAAGUCAAGGAGAUAGCGAAGCGCUCCGGGAGCAUCAUUCUCGGUUCCGGCGGUGUCGUCCGCGGCUACACGAACUGGGGCACCUUCCUCCUCCCCAAACCGCUGCGGAAGAAGGAUCAAGGCCUCUUCAACCGUGGCCACUACUUCAUCAUGCGCUUCGACUCCUCGGCGAAGGCGCAGCACUCCAUGAAGCGGACGCUGAGCAACGACCCGCGGUUAAUCCGGUACAGCGUCGUGAAGCUGGGGAACAAGCUGGACGAGAUUGCGGACGUCGGAGGGACGGCGCCCGAACGAGCAGAGGGCUCGAUGGACUUUCGGAAAUAA